AUGCCCUUCACGGACUCUUCCUUCGCAGGCCGGUUCCUCGCCGAUGGACGCUACGAGCUCCUCAACCGCCUCGGGUCGGGCGCUGAGGGUGUCGUCUUCAGUGCUCGAGAGCACUCUUCCACCUCUCCCAACCCCAUCCCACGCGCCAUCAAAAUUAUGUAUUCCCACUCAGACUGCGACGUAACCUCAAAUCCACAGACGACCGAAGCUGAGCUUCAGUCCCUCGCAGCAGGCCACCCGAAUGUCGCCGAUGUCUACGACGUCUUCGAGGACGCCGAGUACACCUACAUCGUCACCGACCUCUUCGACGCGGGCGACCUGCACACAUACGUCUGGAACAAGGCUGUGCCCCUGGCGGGCGACGUCGCGACCGUCAAGCGCAUCUUUCUCGGCAUUCUCGACGGAGUGGCCGCGUGCCACGACGCUGGCGUCUUCCACCGCGACCUCAAGCUCGCCAACAUCCUCAUCGACGAGAAGCUCGGCCGUGUCUGCGUCGCGGACUUUGGGCUCGCGACGACCGAGGACUGGAGCUGUGACUAUGGUGCCGGGACGCCGUGCUACAUGUGUCCAGGUCGGUCUCCCUCGCCCAGUCCGUGCGCAGGACGUGCUCUGACUUUUCCCACCUACGCAGAAGCACUAGGAAGCGCGAACGACGAAGACGAGGAGACGCAACUCCCGUACGAUACCCGCCGGAACGACAUCUGGGCACUCGGGAUUAUCCUCAUCGAACUCACCUGCGGCCUCCGCCCCUGGGAAGAGGCCUCCACACGCACGAGCGACCGCUUCCGUGCGUACGCCGCGGACCCCGCCGCGCUGCGGACUUUCCUUCCGAUCUCGACAGCGCUCGAUGCGCUCCUCCGCCGCAUCCUCCUCGUCCGCCCGUACACCAAGCGGGCUCCACAACAAGUGACACUCGAGGAGAUCAGAGGCGCGGUCGAGAGGAUGGAGAGGUUCUGGAUGAACGAAGAAGAGCUCGCGGACGCUGGUCCUGUCGUGCAAUUCACGUGGGACACGGCGAGGCGCGUCGUGCCGUGCGUGACGCAACAGAAGUGUUGGUCGGUGGAGGCCGCGUGCCCGGAGAGGAACCCUGUCAGCACGACGUCGGGGAAGGCUGCUCCUUCCGCGGUGGAGGCUGCUGUGCUGGCGCAGCACGCUGUCGCGGUACGGGAGAGGGAGUGGCAGUCGUCGGGCUCGUCGUCGGCGCCAGUGUCGGAAACGUCGGAGUGCUCGUACGGGCCAGUUGCGGAGCAGGUCGAGCACUCGUGCUCGGCGGGCUUGAAGAGGGGGAGCACGGGGACGUGCCGGCCGUCGAUUUGGAAGAAAUUCGUUUCGGUGUUCAGGUUCCGUGUAGCAUAA